GACCACUCAAAUUUUCACUAGCUAGCUUAGCCCCCCUUACCUAAAAAGACAAAAGUUCUUCCCCAGCUCAUACCCCACAUGCUCUCUUUACGAAACUUAAAAUAAUUGAAAAUAAAGAACUCCAGAUUCCAAUUCUAAGCCAGUAAGCUGUAAGCCCCAUUUGCUGUUUUUUUUUUUUGUUUGCUGUCAUUUUCCCUUACCCUCCACCCACAAUACUCUUUUCACCUUUCCUUUCAUUUCCUUGUAGUUCUUCCCCAUACUUCACAAGACUUCUCCCAUCUCUCUAAUCCAGAAAAUACAGGAAAAAAAAAAAACAACCCAAAGAUGCCACCGGAAGAAGGCACAACUUUUCCUAGCUUGGAAAACGAAGAGGAACAACAGUACUCUUUUGCAGUCGAAUACACCGGCCCUCCGUUGCCGUACGAUCUUCCACGAGCGGUUCCCAUCAACGUCGAGAAAAUCCCAGUAGCGGCCGUAGUUUCAAAGGUACCACUCUCCAAUACUGAACUCCAUAUACCAGUUGUACCUCCAAUUUUGGCACCAGAUCGUAACAAGUUCUCGAAAGAACUCCUUCUUCAACCAACUGUGUCACCAACUUCCGUUAUUGCUUUUGAAGAAAGGGUUUCUGAGGAUACUAAUAAUUGUUUGUUAUCUGGGGAGUUAAGUAGUUACGAGUCUGGGGAGUUAGCUGAAUUGGUUAACAAUAAUGAUAGUGCUUCGAGGCGGUUAGGGGCUUGUUCUAUUAGUAAUGAACAUUCGAGUACGCUUGAUUAUUGUGAUAGCUUUGAUAAAUCGAGGGAAAGUUCGUCGCAAGCAAGGGUCUCGAAUGAUGAUGAUUUGAAUCAACCUGAUUGGGGUUCUAAUGAGUCUGUUUUGAGUUUAGAUUACCCGUCUUCGCGGGUUUCUUCUCUUAAGACUGGAGACUGUAAUAAUGAGUCUAAUGGUGAUGUUAGAAGACCUCAGGUUGUUACUUUUCUUGAUAUUGAAUCAGAUGAUGGACUCGAUGAGGAAUUUAGUCAAGAUGAGGUGCAGCCUCAGGUUGUUAGAGCUAAAAGGGAGCCACAAACAAAAGGGAAGAAAGGGUCAUGUUAUCGAUGUUUUAAAGGGAAUAGGUUUACGGAGAAGGAGGUUUGUAUUGUUUGUGAUGCUAAGUACUGUAGUAAUUGUGUGCUUAGAGCUAUGGGGUCUAUGCCUGAAGGAAGGAAAUGUGUUACUUGUAUUGGUUUUCCGAUUGAUGAGUCAAAACGUGGGAGUUUAGGGAAGUGCUCUCGAAUGCUUAAACGGUUGCUUAAUGAUUUGGAGGUAAGACAGGUAAUGAAGGCUGAAAAGUUGUGUGAAGCAAAUCAGCUGCCACCUGAGUAUAUAUAUGUGAACGGACAACAUCUUUGUCAUGAGGAGUUGGCUAUAUUGCAGAGUUGCCCAAACCCACCGAAGAAGCUAAAACCAGGAAACUAUUGGUAUGAUAAAGUAUCCGGUCUUUGGGGAAAGGAGGGACAGAAACCUUCGAAGAUAAUUAGUCCCCAUCUAAAUGUUGGUGGUUCUAUCAGGCCAGAUGCUAGCAAUGGAAACACACAAGUUUUCAUAAAUGGUCGAGAAAUUACAAAAGUAGAACUUCGGAUGCUGCAGUUGGCAGGGGUUCAAGUUGCAGGCAACCCACACUUUUGGGUGAAUGAAGAUGGGUCAUACCAAGAAGAGGGACAAAGAAAUACGAAAGGAUAUAUAUGGGGAAAGGCUGGAACAAAGCUCGUUUGUGCAGUCUUGUCACUGCCUGUUCCUUCUAAAUCUUCAAAUAAUUGUGGGGAGCAGCUGAACAGCAUGGCCAGCAGAUCUGUUCCUGACUACCUUGAGCAGCGCACACUACAGAAAAUUCUUUUGGUUGGAUCUACUGGAUCUGGGUCAAGCACCAUAUUUAAGCAGGCGAAGAUUCUUUAUAAAGAUGUACCAUUCUCUGAGGAUGAAUGUGAAAAUAUCAAGUGGACUAUCCAGACCAAUUUGUAUGGUUAUCUUGGCAUACUUCUUGAGGGCCGUGAACGGUUUGAGGAGGAAAGUUUGGCUGAAAUGAGGAAAAGGAAAUGUUCCAAGGAAACUGACCAUGAAGGGAGUAGUAAUGAUAGUGAUGGCAAAACUAUCUAUUCCAUUGGCCCGAGGCUCAAAGCAUUCUCUGACUGGCUUCUGAAGACUAUGGUGUCAGGCAAUUUGGAAGCCAUUUUUCCAGCUGCUACUCGUGAAUAUGCACCAUUGGUUGAGGAGCUAUGGAAGGAUGCAGCCAUUCAGGCAACUUACAACCGCAGAAGUGAAUUGGAAAUGCUACCUAGUGUUGCUAGUUAUUACUUGGAGCGGGCUGUUGAGAUAUUGAGACUGGACUAUGAACCCUCAGAUUUGGAUAUCCUAUAUGCUGAGGGUGUUACUUCAUCAAAUGGGCUUGCGUGUGUAGACUUUUCGUUUCCCCAGUCUUCACCUGAUGAAACCAUUGACACUGCUGAUCAGCAUGACUCGUUGCUCAGGUAUCAACUAAUUAGAGUGCAAGCAAGAGGCCUUGGAGAAAACUGCAAGUGGCUAGAGAUGUUUGAAGAUGUUGGAAUGGUCAUCUUCUGUGUUUCCUUGAGUGACUAUGACCAGUUCUCUGCUGAUGGGACUAAUAAGAUGCUACUGAGCAAGAAAUUCUUUGAAAGCAUCGUUUCUCAUCCGACAUUUUAUGAGAUGGACUUCCUUUUAAUACUAAACAAAUUUGAUCUAUUUGAGGAAAAGAUAGAACGGGUACCAUUGAGUCGGUGUAAGUGGUUUGAUGAUUUUCAGCCGGUGAUCAGUAAUCAUCGUUCGAAUGCAAAUAGCAACAGCAUUAAUCAUAAUCCAACGCAGGGACAGCUGGGCUUCCAUUAUAUUGCUGUCAAGUUCAAGAGGCUUUAUUCUUCGCUCACAGGGCGGAAGUUGUAUGUUUCUAAUGUGAAAGGAUUGGAACCCAAUAGCGUCGAUGCAGCUCUUAAAUUUGCAAGGGAUAUUCUAAAAUGGGAUGAUGAGAGAGCCAACUUCAGUGAGCACUCAUUUUAUAGCACAGAAGCAAGUUCCUUCUCUCAUUGAUGUCUAAUUUUCUAGGACCAGGAAGGUUUGUUUUAAUUCAUGAAUGCUAGUGUACAUACAAGUAAUGAUGGAAUAGUAAAUCUCCACAUCUUAUACAGUGAGGGCAGAAGAUGUGUUUUUGUACAAUGCAUUGUGUGACUGGCUGCCUCUUUGUACACAAUUCAUUACAUUCAUUUGUAAGAUAAGAUGAAAAUGUAUGAUUCAGUGAUAGCUCCUCCAGUAUAUUACAGUUGUGAAAAAAAUCUCCUUGGGUUGUGAUAAUUCCAUGUCCAAGGUCACCAUAUCCCUUCUGUUCGAACAAUUCAGCACCAUGCACAUGGGUGGUUAAUGGUUCAUGUGUUACUCUA